AUGGAUCUUUUUCAAAACCCAUCUUCUCAAAAACCAAACAGAAUGGAAACAUCUAUAUGGGUUGCAAAAUUUGUGCUCAUGUCCAUAGGAAUCAUCUCAAUUCUUGUUCUGUUGAAAGUUGCAAUAAUCCCAUACACAUUUGAUCUUGUUCUAUCAACUCUUCCUCAACUUUGGUUCUCAAUAAAAAGAUGGUUAACACUUCCUUUUCUUUAUAUUAUUGUUAACUUCAUCAUCAUCACCAUUGCUGCUUCUUCAGGCUUUUCUGAACCCAAACACCAAACAAUAACAACCGUUUUAGAAACUACCACCAACCCAAUUGAGCUAGAAGACCAAACAAAUGAACUACAUGAAGAAGAAAAAGAGGUUGAAGAAGUUGCAGAAGAUGAAAAAGAUGAAGAAGAGAAAAGGGUUGUUGAAGUUGAGGACUGUGAAUUAUUCUGCAACAAAUUCAUCACUGACCCAUCACAGAAAAAAUGCAGCAACGAUUACUACUUGACGAAUUCUGAUGAUAAAGUUAAAGACUUUGGAUUAUUCUGCAACAAACUCAUCAUUGACCCGUCAUCAGAAAAAUGCAGAAACGACUAUAACUUGAUAGAUUCAGAUGAUAAAGGUGAUGAUAUUGAUGACAGUUUGGAAGCAACAUGGAAAGCUAUAAUGGAAGGACAAGAGAAAACAAUGAAGCCGCAUCUGAAGAAAAGUGAUACUUGGACUGCAAGGAUUGUGAAAGCAGAGCCAUUUCGUAACAAUGGUGGUUUUGGUGGUGGUGGCGGUGACGACGAUGAUGAUCCAGUAGCUUGGGCUCAAAGGGAAUUGAAAAAGUCAGAAACUUUCAAUGAUAGAGCUUCUUUAAGGAGAGAAAAAUCAAUAAGUCCUGAGGAAUUGAAUAAAAGGGCUGAAGCUUUUAUUCAGAAGUUUAAUAAUCAGAUGAAGUUGCAGAGACUUGAAUCUUAUCAGCGUUUUAUGAAAUUGGUCAACCGUGGUGUUUGA